UCUCUAGGAACCACAACACUGAGACGACCAGUAACGUGUAUUCCGUCUUGAACAGGACCAUAUGUUUGUCCUGCCACAGUGUGUGAAGUUUCCCCCACAGUGCGGACGGGGAACCCGGAGAUUUUCUCCGCACACCUCCUGCCAUCUCGGCGGCGUAUGAAGCGACCACAGUGGCUGCGACGGCGAGAGACAGAGAGACUGCAACGGACAUGCGCAGUAAUACGUAGUCCUGCAACGUCAUCAUCUACGUCACGUGACAUGGGCAACAACACCGGUCAAACGAAUAUGUCAACUUGAGAGCAGCUUGGUUUCUCUGAGGUUUGCAGCGACAGGAGGCUCAGAGGGAAUGGAUGGAUUUCCUAUGGAGGUUACAGAGGCAGUGUGUCUUGGGGCCAGCCUUGCCCUCUCAGGCAUCUGUUACUAUCUCUAUAGGAAGAGCCGGACGACACUAGAUAAACUUGAUGAUGCUCCACACUUCACCAUAGAUGGAAAACUCAAAGACAUCUUGAAAGUUACUCCAGGAGCGUGUCUACAGUAUGCUGUCAUUGAAGGUGCUGUGCAACCAGCAGGUGAGCCUCUGACAAGCCACUUCCAAAAAGAAUUUGUCGGAGUGUUGCAGAAAUUCCUGUUGAGAGAACACAGGCUAGUGUGGAACAGCCUAUCACACACUUGGACGGACAGUGAACGAGUCUUGCACCACAGAUCUCACAGCCGCGAUGUUGAAGCACAGCAUGCCAGCUCGGCUAAUAGCAAAUUUGUUGAGGAUUUAAUGUUCUAA